AUCCAUCAACGAAGAAGCUACCUCUUCCCCCAAGAUCGUGUCCAGAAAAGUCAAAAGCGUGAAAGUAGCUGUAAGUAACUUUACCUAGGCUGACAAUAUCCUUUCUGCCAGAAUCAAAUUAGCACUACUGGAGGCUUUGUGUAAGAUUUGCAAUUGCAUUAUGCCUUUACAUCAACUGAGGAGGCAUCAAGCUCCAAGAUGAUGACUUGAACCUUCUGUCUCUAAGCUUUUCUGUGUUGUGUCAGGUUAUGGUUAUGUGUUUCUGUGAAGAUUAAAGAAAUGCUGUGAUGCAACGGCUUUUAAGGAUUUAUGCUUUAAAAAGACACUCAAAAUUAAGCACAAAUGAAGGAGCAUACAGGUUCAAGGUUCUAGGAUGGAGUGAUCUGAUGAUUUCCUGAUGGUUUUUCUUAACUGUUAAAUUAAUUCUCCUCUUCUCCCUGCUCCAAAUUUCUCUUUGUAAUCAGAUUUUGUUGGUUAUGGGAACUCUUGAUUUGCUUACUUGCUUUAUGACUUUGAACUUCAAUGAUUUUUACAGACGCCUACUAUCAAUCCAGCUGCGUUUGAUCUUCAAUAACCAGGUUAAAAGCAGAAAAUACUGGAAGCAGAGGAAUUGUUUGUGUUAGUCCUGGCUUUACAGAACAAUAGUGUGCAGCUCAAAAUAGCAGAUGCUACUGAUAAAAAGCACAAAUGUUAACCAAGGCUGGCCACUGCUCCUCUCUGAACUCUGAAGAAAAUGUUAUUUCCAGUUUCCUUAUUCACAGGUUUCCCCUCACUGUAUUUCCCUUUCCCAUUUGUGGGAGAAGAGCCAUGAAGAACCGUUCCUCAUCUCCCCCUUUGCACGUCCAUGUGGAUGAAAACACCCCCGUCCAUGUCCAUAUUAAAAAGGGGCAGAAAACCACACCUGCAAAAUGCCAGCAAAAGCAGAAACAGAAAUCAAAAGGGGAUGGUGUGCGAGCUGUGCGGGUGAAAACUAAGGCCCCUUGGAUACCCCCAGGCAAAACAAGUACCCGUGAUACCAUCUUGAAAUGGGAGGAAUCAACUGACCACCUUGAAUCUACACCUAAAACCGAGUCAGACAGGAUGCAGUCGGUUCUGCGCCUCAGUGACCUCUCCACCGAGGAUGAUGAUCCCACUUGCUGCAAAAUUAACAAAUAUGAAAAGAAGAUAGAUAGCCUAAUGAAUAUGGUGGGAACACUGAAGAAAGAGGUCAAGAUGCAGCAAAUGGAGGAACAGGAGGAAAUGACAAAGCGCCUCCUGGAGGAGCAGAAAGAAGAACUGAAUGAGGUCACACAGGAGCUGGUAGAAACAGAGAAUGAGAACACGCGGCUGCGGCGCAACAUCGAACGCAUAAAGGAGGAGAAGGACCUGACUGUGCUACAGAAGGAAUGCUUGCAGCAGGAGAAGGAGUGUUUGAUGACCAAGCUGAAUGAAGCUGAAAGGGAUGGAGCAGCAGCUGCCAGACAGAUCAAUGCCCUGAAAAAUACGAUUGGGAGACUCAACAUUGAGAAACACAUGAGCAGCACAGAUAUAAAUGCUCUAACAAGACAAAAAGAGCUUCUACUCCAGAAAUUGAGCACCUUUGAAGAAACCAACCGGACACUCCGUGAGCUUCUUGCAGAGCAGCAGUGCCGGGAGAAAGAUGCCCAGAAGGUACUGGAUCGGCAAGCAUUACUGCUGAAAAGGAUGGCUGACACAGAUGCAGAGAACAUGCAACUUCAGAUCAGGCUUCAAGGAAAAGAAAAAGAGCUGGAAAACCUCACAGUUCAGAUAGUGGCAGAAAAGGAACAGUCAAAGAAAGCAAUUGAGCUCUCCAGAGCUAUGGAGCAAAUGAAAGCCCAUUUACAAGCCCAGCUGCGAGGCAAAGAAGCUGAGAACAACCGCCUGCUCACACAGCUGCGGAAUGUGGAGAUGAGUGAAUCUCAGCUUAAGGAAGAUCUGGAACUUGCCAUGGAACAGUUGAACGAUGUGAAGAACAAGAUGGAUGGUGAUAAAGAUGCCCUGAAGAAAGCGGUCCGUGCACAGAAAGAGCGAGCGGAGCGGAGUGAGGAGUAUGUGCAAAAACUGACUGCCCAGCUAGCAGAAAAGGAGAACUGUAUUGCUGAGUGCCGGAGCACUAUCGAGAGCUGGAGGAAUCGCUGCAGCAAAGUCACGAAGGACAAGGAUGACCUUGAACUGGAAGUCGUUACACUGAACAGCCGUAUUGCAGACUUGGUGGAACAACUGGCAAAGGUCCAGGAGAAGACACGGGACGAAAACGAAGCUUUGAUGGAUAGAGUGCACCAAAUGACUGGAGAGAACUGUGCUUUGAGGAAAGAUAAUGAAAGACUAAAGUCUGCUCUGAAUGCAAUGGAGGACAAGCUGAACCAAGCACAAUUAGAAUUGCAACAACUCCAGAACUCUGUCAGGAGCUACGAAGGGUUGAUUGAAAGCUACACAGCACAGGCACAGAAGGCCCGAAAGGAAGCAGAUGAGUUGGCAGCAAGACUGGAGAAGUGUGAAAAAGAGAACAAGACAUUAAGGGAAGAAACGAACAGGAAGCUUGAAGAGGCUCGUCAGAGCUUCCAGGACCAGCUUUCUGAACUGGAGAAGCUGCCUGAGAUCCUAAAGUACACUGAGACACAGCUGGCAGAGUGCCAUCAACAGCUCAUGGGUUAUGAGAAGAAGAACACGGACCUGUGUGUCAUGAUUUCAGAUCUCCGUCAGCUGAUUGACCUCCAGGGGGACAAAAUGGAGAUGACAAGAGAGAGAUAUCAGUCUGCCCAAGAGGAGAAAAAGCAGCUCACCUUGAAGGUGGAGGAACUAGAAAGAAAACUAGAGUCCACGAAUGCCCAGAACAUAGAAUUCCUUCAGGUCAUAGCAAAACGUGAGGAGUCAAUCCACCAGUGUCAGCUGCGGCUGGAGGAGAAGAGCCGUGAGUGCAGCUCCCUGGCACGUCAGCUGGAGAUGGCCAUUGAGGAUGCCAAAAGACAAGUGGAACAAGCUCGAGAACGAGCAGUCUCCAGAGAGAGGGCAGCCCAGUCCAAGGUUUUGGAUUUAGAGACCCAGCUGAGCAGGAAUAAAACAGAGCUGAACCAGUUGCAACGGAGCAAAGAGGAUGCAGAGCGCCGAUACGAAAGCCGCCUCCAGGACCUGCGGGAUCGGCUGGAGCAGUCGGAGAGCACCAACCGCAGCAUGCAGAACUACGUCCAGUUCCUCAAGUCUUCCUACGACAAUGUUUUUAGGGAAAGUGCUUUUCUGGGCUCCCCCAGCCACACUCGCUCUCUUCUCUGAGAGCAAUGCAUUACUUGCACCUUUUUUAAGCACACAGAAAGAGCUUUGUUUCAAAAGCCAUAUUGAUAUAGAAAACUGGAUAGCAUUUUAGGGUCACUGUUGGGAGACUUUUUUUAUUGCAGAAUGAAAAAAUAAAAUGAUGUUGGUAUCUGA